AUGAACUCAUACUUAGAUUACCCCGUGUGCAACCGGGGAGCAAAUAUUUUCAGCGCAAAGGCCGGAUACCACAACUUAAACCAUGGAUAUACAUCCUCCAACUCUUGCGCAACAAGUGAUAGUUACGCACCGGACGGACGUGUAAUGGUCGCAACUUCGGCGCCCCACCAGACUCCGAGCCUCCCUUUGCACCACCAGAACCACGUAGGCUUGGACAUGCCGUUCGCAGGACCGGGCAACUCCGUGUAUGGCUCACCUCUGGAGUACGGACAUCACCAGUACGGCCUCGCCCCCGAGCAGGACCGGAGCUUUAUCCACGCACAAGUCUCACCCCUCGCCACAAACAUGGCUCCCUAUACCGGGGACAGCUGUGGGCCUGGGGUUGCACCGGGAGGCCAGUAUCUGCAUUUUGGCAGCGGGGAUCAGAGGCAGCAAGAAUAUUCAGAAAGUGUUUACACAAGGUUACCGCCUCCAUGUAAGGAAAGGGAUUUGGAGCAUGUGGAGGAAACUUCGAAAACUUUCGACUGGAUGAAAGUGAAGAGGAAUCCUCCCAAAACAGUCGUGUCGGAGUUCGGUGUUCCCGGCCAGCACAACGUGAUCCGCACUAACUUCACCACCAAGCAGCUGACCGAGCUGGAGAAGGAGUUCCACUUCAACAAAUACCUAUCGCGGGCAAGGCGGGUGGAGGUGGCGGCCAGCCUGGAGCUCAAUGAGACGCAGGUGAAAAUCUGGUUUCAGAACCGGAGGAUGAAGCAGAAGAAACGGGAGAAACUGGGCUGUGUUUUAGUCAACACCCCGGCACCAGCGGAGAAACUUUCCACCUCUGAAGCCUCCCCAAAGACAAAAGAGAAAAACUAA